UCUCUCUCUCUCUCUCUCUCUCUCUCUGUGAGUUUUGGACUUGUUACUAUUUGGAGAAUUAAGUGGAGGGAAGGCACUUAAUAAUAUUAUCAUUGUUCUUGUCUGGGUGAAAAUGGGCAGAAAGUGCUCACAUUGUGGAAACAUAGGCCACAAUUCGAGGACCUGCACGAAUUUCAGAGGGACUGGUACAAGUUUUAGUGUUGGUCAUGCUGGGUUUAGGCUCUUUGGUGUCCAACUUCAUCAUCAUGAUCAUCAUCAUCUCAUGAUGCCUUCAUCAUCUAAUAUGAAUCAUCAUGUUGCCAUCUCCAUGAAGAAAAGUUUCAGCAUGGAUUGCUUGCCCACGUCAUCGGCCUCAUCGUCCUCCCCAUCUUCUUCAAGAAUUUCUGUCGAUGAGAAUUCUAUUCAGGAUAAAGCAUCCAUCGGCUAUCUUUCUGAUGGUCUCAUAUGCCGAGCCCAAGAGAGGAAAAAGGGAGUUCCAUGGACAGAAGAGGAGCACCGGAUGUUUCUAAUCGGGCUCGAGAAGCUUGGAAAGGGUGACUGGAGAGGCAUCUCUAGGAACUAUGUCACCACAAGAACCCCAACCCAAGUUGCCAGCCAUGCUCAGAAGUACUUUCUCAGGCAAGCAAGCCUCACCAAGAAGAAACGACGUUCUAGCCUUUUCGACAUGUUUGGGAGCAGCAACAAUAUCAAUCUGUCGACUGGUCAUCCUGCCAAUACCAACACCUCUCAUUAUAAGCAGCCAUUAAGCGAUGAUCAUCAAGUUCUUUCUCCUAACAAUAUUAUUCAUGACAUUUCUGGUGCCACGCUGCCUCUGCUUGAACUUGGCACCUCCCUGGCAGCGCAAAAUCCAAACUUAGAUAAUCGAAAACCGGAUCACUGCAGUGCUAAUCAGCAGCUGCCGGUUUGGAUUUACGGAUUGAUCGAUUCCCAGAUGAAAUAUUCAUCAAACAUUGCUGCCUCAAAACCAGGUUCAUCAGCAUCAGUUGUACCGGAUCUAGAGCUCACGCUUGCCGCGCCAACUAGUCCUAGUUUGGAACAAAAAAAUAAAUCUUCCCCAUCCCCUGCAGGUCCCCUCCUUAAUCUUGGACCAAUUAGUGUUACAUGAAAAAAAAAAAAAAAAAAAAAAACGUCGAUGGAUUGGGGAUGCAUUAUAGAAAUGAAGAUGAUUUUGACUUUAACCCAAUUAAGCAGCUGAGGAGGGAGAAGGAUCUCAAGGAGAAUUCAUGGGCCACUUUUACUUUAAUUAUAGUUAGUAUAUGUCUUAAUUAUAUAUUUAACAUUCUCUUCUUUUCCCUUCCUUUUUCCUCUUCUUUUGAAUAAACGAGGAUGUAUCCAUAAUCCAUGCAUGAAAACUUAUUAUGGAAGUGCUUAGUGCUUAA